UUUCCUCAGGCUCUGUUAAAAAAUAUCCUCAUCCUUGGUCAGCUUCUUCCAUUAGUGAGGACCAUAAAUAUCAUCUUCUUACCAUGUGACACUGAUGUGAAUGCUACCACAGUGGAUUGCUCUGACAGACCACUCAGGCAUGUCCCCUUCAUCCAGUCUACCACUGUAGUGUCACUCAAUUUAAGUCGGACGAAGAUACAGCAAGUGGGGAAGCAUGCUUUCGCAGGUGUCCCAAAUCUUCACACUCUGAAAAUAAUGGGGAAUUGUCAGCCAAGGCGAGCCUUAGAAGACCGCUCAUGCAAAAUGUACAUUCACCAUUAUGCCUUCAAGAACCUACUGGAUCUUAAAUUUCUUCAUCUGUCAGGAAAUAGCCUCACCUCUAUACCCUGGUUACCUGACACCCUGAGGUUUCUCGAUCUACAGAAUAAUCACAUCUUCCACAUCACCCACCUUUCAAGAACUCCAAAUCUUGAAGAGCUCUUCCUCUCUAUGAACUGCUUUUAUGCAAACCCUUGCAACCAGUCCUUUUACAUCAGCGAGAGGGUUUUCUCUGAGCUCGAUAAACUCAAAAACCUUACGUUAGGGUUUAAUAAUUUGACAUCUGUCCCCAGAGGACUGCCACCCUCACUGGAGAGUCUGGAUUUAAAAGAGAAUACAAUCACAGAGGUCUUAGACGGGGCAUUUUCCAACCUGACUAUGCUUAAGAGUUUGAAUUUGGAGUGGAACUGCCAGCGUUGUGACCAUGCAGCGAGGCCCUGUUUUCCUUGCCCACAAAAUCUCCCUCUAAACCUAUAUCCAAACUCGUUCUAUGCUAAGAACAGCUCCAUCAUCUAUCUAAGCUUGAGGGGCAAUUCUCUGAAAACAUUUCCAGAGGGUCUUUUCAAACCUUUGAAGAAUUUAAAGAGACUAGACCUCUCUGACAACCUCCUGGCAUAUGCUAUACGUAAUGGCACCUUCUUCUCAGAGCUGAGGGGCCUUACUUGGAUUAGCCUUAUCUAUAACUAUGAACCCCUGAGGACAUUUAAGGACCUGAUCCUCUCCCCACAUAUUGGCAAUAUAUCUGGUCUACAAUACCUCCUUCUGAGUGGUAACUUUUUCCACAAGCUUUCAAUUCAGAGCCAUAGUGUUCUAUCCAAACUUAAAAAUCUAAUGAAACUAGAACUGAGAAUGAACUUCAUUAAUACUUGUAACUUGACAGAUCUGAAACAGCUACCGUCUCUCAUCUAUAUUGACCUUUCCCAAAACAUGCUUAACUUCCUUCCAUCCUGCUGUAAUUCAACACCUGAGAAUAUGGCACAGACAAGCUGUCACAACGAGAACUUGUAUACACAACAUUUCCCUGACCAACCUCCAAUUGUAAGAGAUCGAGAAGUCACAUCUGUAAAUGAGAUCAGGGAAUCAAACAAGUUGAAUGUGAUGGAAUUGGUGGAGCACAAUGCAUCACAAUUUCCAUCACUAUGGGACUUCAGAAAUCAUUUCUGCCGGCAUAAAUUAACAUUUGACCUAUCUCAAAAUGACAUUUUGUCUCUUAACAAAAAUGUGUUUGUAGGCAUGGAAAAUGCUGUUUGUUUAGACCUUUCCUUCAAUUACAUGAGCCAAGCAUUGAAGAGUGGGCAGUUUGACGGAUUGAAAAAUUUAGUUUUGCUUAAUUUGUCAUACAAUAGGCUUGAUCUUUAUUAUAAUGCUGCUUUCAGUGAGCUUAAAACUACUCUAAAGGUAUUGGAUGUUAGUAACAAUGAGUUUCACUUCAAAAUGAGGGGCAUGGGCCAUCGUUUGGAGUUCCUCCAAAAUCUGACCAAUUUAGAAGUCCUAAAUCUUGCAAACAAUGACAUUGGGAUGAGAAUAGAUCAAAGGCUGAUCAGCAGCUCAGUGAAGUACCUCUACUUCAAUGGAAAUCACCUAGAUAUUAUGUGGGAAUCUGAUAACAACAAGUACACUCAUUUUUUCCAAAACCUGACAAACCUCAUCUACCUGGACAUCUCUAACAAUGGUCUAAAGUCAGUCUCACCAGAAGUAUUGUGUAACCUCCCACGUAGCAUUCAGGCCCUCAGCAUCAGCAACAAUUUGCUGAACUAUUUCCCAUGGAAGAACAUCUCAGCACUCAGCAAUUUACGUCACCUAGACCUAAGUCAAAAUUAUCUCUCUUAUUUGCCUUAUAAAUUUAUAGAAUUUGGAGCUAAUUUUUCUCUCUUGGACCUCAGUCACAAUCGCCUUAGUUUUGUUCCAGCGGAUUUCUUCAGAAAGGCAAAAUCCUUGCAAUAUCUGUAUCUCAGCCACAAUCAGAUCAAAGAGUUGAAGCAUCAGUAUCUCCCUGCCCCUUUUAAAAAUGGUGUUCUCCAAGAACUCACCCUGCAUGCCAACCCCUUUAAAUGUGAUUGUGAUACAUCCUGGUUUGCAGACUUCUUGAGUUCUACUCCAGUACAUAUUCCUUAUCUUACCACACAUGUACACUGUGAUUACCCAGAGUCCCAACAAGGCCAUAGUGUACUGUCUAUUGACCAGCGUUCCUGCCAGGAUAUAUAUGGUAGCUUAGCCUUCCUCGUCUGUUCCUUCUUGGCUUUGACAUUCACUGUUCUGCCCCUACUGAAGCAUCUCUAUGGCUGGGAUAUGUGGUAUUGCUUACAGGUGCUUUGGGCAGGACAUAAAGGCUAUUCCCAGCUGGCUGGUACUGAUUCAGAGCAUCACUAUGAUGCCUUUGUAGUGUUUGACACCAGGAACAAGGCUGUGAGGGACUGGGUCUACAAUGAGUUAAUUGUGAAUCUGGAGAACUCAGAUCACAGGAGAUUUUGUCUCUGUUUGGAAGAGAGGGACUGGAUUCCUGGACUUUCAUGUAUUGAGAAUCUGCACAGUGCUGUCUACAACAGUGUGAAGACAGUGUUUGUGCUGUCCAGUGGUUCUAAUGGCGGUGAGACAGUGAAUGGUGUGAUCCGCCAGGCUUUCUUCAUGGUUCAGCAGCGGCUUUUGGAUGAGAAGGUGGAUGCAGCUGUGCUGGUUCUGUUGGAUGAGAUGUUUCCCAAACUGAAGUACCUUCAGCUGAGGAAGAGGUUGUGCAAAAAGUCUGUGUUGUCCUGGCCGAGAAACCCAAGGGCUCAACCGCUUUUCUGGAAUAAACUGAGAAUGGCAUUAUCGUCAGAUAACCUCAAAUUUUAUGACAACAACAUAAGUGAAAGUUUUGUAUGACUACAUGUUAACUGUUGAUACAGAGCAACUUGGUGGAGAAAAAAUCUCUCAUCUUCCCAUUAGCUAAUUUUGAGAAAACUGUCCUCUGAUUGUUUAUGUCACAUGACACUUGAUUUUUUUUAACACGUGGCUGUAUAUUUUUUAAUUUUAUAGUGUGCUCUUACAUAUUUUACUUCUCUUUUUUCAAGUGUGUGUUCUGUUGUUUUAUCUGAUAAUGUAGUUGCUGAGUAAGAUGUUUUGAAUCUUAUUUUGCUUUUUUUAUAAUUUGACAUUUUCAUGAAUUCUUUAUAUUACUGACCCUGAAGGUUGGCAGUUUUAAUUCUCUUUUCUUAUUUUUAGUGAGUUAAUGUUAACGUCUUUAGAGAAGUUGGGUUGGGUAUAUGGGCUGCAAU